AAUUUAUGUUGGUGAUAUUUACUAAAUUAUUCUUUGAAAAAUUAAUAAUUUUUUUUACCAAAUCGCAAAAUAACACAUAAGUGGUAUGAAUCUGCACGUCUUCAAAUCAAUUUUUUUGUUUUGUGUUAAUUCUGAUUAAAUAUGUUUUUAAUUCAAAAAUUAACAAUUAUUUUCAAACUCCUUACAGUUUUUUUUUUGACAGCCUUAAACUUAUAUUAUACUAUUGGUGAUUUAACUGGAGGUAUAGUUAAUAUAAAAGAGUUUGAAUAUGGUGAUGAUUUAUUCUUUGAGAUAAUGUAUCCUCCAGAAUUACAAUAUACCUAUCGCAUAAGACCAGCAAAAGAUAUUGGUAUUCCUUUUCGUAAAGAGAAUUUUCCUCCUGAAAAUAAUAAGCUGAUACUUCCUGAUCCUAUUUAUGGAUGUCAUAAACCAAAAAAUGCUAGAGCAAUUAAAGGAAAAGUAGCAUUUGUGAAAAGAGGAGAUUGCAGUUUCUUAAAAAAGACCCUAGUAAUGGAAUCAUGUGGAGCAAAAGCUGUUAUAAUCACAGACAGUAAUAUUUAUGAUGAUUCUGCUUAUGUACAUAUGAUAAAUGAUGACAGUGAGUUAAAAGCUAACAUUCCUGCUGGAUUUUUAGUUGGGAAAUCUGGUCAUUUAAUUCAAUCAACUAUGGCUGAAUUAAAGUUAAAAGAACUGCCAAUUUUUUUCCCACUCAAUAUGACAUUUGUAUCACUACAUGAAAUGAAUCAACCGCCUUGGAUCCCUAUAUAACUAUUUAAGAACAUUAAUUAAAACUAUUAGACUGAAAAUCAUUCAAUCUUUACCAUGAAAAAUAGUUUUAAAGUUACUAAGUACAUAUUUAUUGUUUAGAUUAUGAGAUUUAUCAAAUAUUUGUUACUAUUUGUUCUUCUUUUUUAAAUUUAUUAUUAGAAAAAUGAGUUGAGUUUCAAACAAAGGUAUUUUUGUAAAUAAAAUGUAUAUUCGUUUUUCAAUAAGAUAUUUGUUAUUAUCAUUAAUAAAUUGCUCAAUUGUUCUUC